CGGCUGAUUGAUCAGGCUGUUGAGCAACUAAAUUACCAUGAGAUGUAUGGGUGUAGACGGUGUGUGUGGUUAACAGGUAAGGCUUGCACUGCGUGACAUGUAGGCCAUGUACCAUGACUUGUACCGAACAAUAUCCGAGUAUUUCCGCAAGUUGGUGGACUCACAAGGCAGUUGACUAUCGCCUGUAAAAGUAAUUUCAACAAGGGCGUCGGAACUGAAAGUUAAAACUUGACAUCAUGGUUGAAAACGUCAUCCUCGGACUGAAGUAUGCUGUGAGCGUGUGCUCUACCUUGGCCAUACUAGGCAACCUACUGAUGAUUGCGGCUCUGGUGUGGACCACAAAGCUUCGCAUCAAGUACUUCCAACUCGUCUUCAACAUGGCUCUGGCUGACAUGUUCUUCGCAGCCUUUUCUACAGCAUUUCCAUGGACUGAAUACCACAUCAUCUACUCCUUAUUUAUGACCGGCUACGUGGUAUCUGUAUUGAUGAGUUUGGCGAUUGGCGUCAACCGUUACUUGGCGUUUUCUCUUAGCUCACCGUCCCGCUAUGACUCGCUGUUCACGGGCCGUCGCCUGCUCAUCCUCAUCUUGCUGAUCUGGUGUUUGUCGAUCCUCCUCAACCUUCUGCCGAUCGUUACAGCCUCAGAAGGAGUCACAAUUUGGAUUUACGGACUGUUAAGACCAUUGACUGUUUUCAUAUCUUGGUUAGUCCUGGCGGUACUAUACGGUGUCUUGUUUUAUAAAGUCAGGAAGAAUACUCGUGCUUCGGUAGUUCCACGACCUAGUACGGAUACAAACUUCGAUAAUUCACCCACUGAUACUCUUCAUACUCAGAUCCGCUGGUUGCUGGCCACAUUCAUCGUCAUUCCAGUGGCAUCAUUUGUCUUCUGGAUGCCAUACAGUGUGGUCAGGAUAACUGCAUUUGUUGAUCCGAAUCAUUUCUUCGCUCAUAAUUUGGACGUUGCUUAUUGGUUCAGUGGUUCUUUGUACUGUAUUGCCGCCGCGAUCAACCCGCUGAUUUACUGGGGUCGGUUGAACGGACUAGGCCAAGGCGUUUACACACGUUUGGAGGGUGAUGGAGAAUUGGACCCUGAGAUUGAAAAUGCACAACCGGCCAUAAACACGUUGAUUUAAAUUCUUUGGGGUUAUAACCAAUCUAGGUAAAGACCUAAAGCUACCGUUUCUAUCACGGAGGCCCCCUUCAAUGGUGAAAGCAUUGUGCUACUGCUAGCUUUUGUUCUGCUUAUCCGUCACGGGACAGGUGCUUUGUACAAUAGCAUGCACAAUGGUUUCUCCAUUGAAAGGGGCCUCGUGAGUGUACAGUGGUCACGUGCCCGAAUUCGUCUAUAGCAAUGAAACAAAAUAUGUUUGGAAAGAGCGGAGUGCUUUCAUAAUCUUGAAGAGGAAACGAAACAAGCUCCCGGAUUACAAUGUUUAAACAUCAGCGGGAUCUCUAACAUUUAAACACUUAUAGUGGGUCUCUAAAACUGAAAAGUCAUAGUUUGCCAAAUCGAGAUGCUAAUUACUUUCAUGUAUACUAGAAUUUCCCGAGUGUUGCCAUGUUGGUAUAAAUUAGAAGUCAUCAGUAAAACCUUUACUCUUUAACGCUUAGUUACGCAUUAAAAUAAAUUACAAUUGUCUUCUUUCGUAGUUAUACAAAGUAUAAUUUCCCCGUACCUUUUGGUGUUGGUAUAGUUACUUUUGUCUUGAAGUAUUUUUGAACAGUUCUACAUAAGAGUGUAUCAAAGAAAAGGUAAUAAAAAAUAAUAGGUUAAUUUGUAAAAUUUAUGAACUUGAA